CCAAUCAUGAGAGGAUGUGUGGACAAUGGGCCACAGAAAUGCUGUUCUAAUUACAUAUUUACUGAAAUGGGCUGCAUUCCCUGUGAGCCUGGUACAUAUGGAACAAACUGUUCAGAGGCGUGUCCUGAUGGUCAAUAUGGAGUGAAAUGUUUCUAUGUGUGUAAUUGUACAGAGGGAGAGAUCUGUGAUAAAAAGUUGGGGUGUGUGGAAUCUGCAAAUGCAACAAAUGGUUCAACAUAUAACAUUGGUGGGAUAACAAUAUUGAACAACGAGUCUGAGGAGUCACUCCAUACAACUGAGGCAAAAUUUGAUUCAACUGAAGAUACAGAAGCACACGUUAUUCUGGAUGGUGUCCAAAGCAGUGACGUCAUUAUCAUUGGAAGCUCUCUUGUGUCCCUUUGCACCAUUUUUGUUAUCGGUUAUUUUUUCUUUUCUAAAAGAGAGGGGCAGACCUCUUCCAGUGUCUGA